AUGCAAAUUUUCGUUAAAACUCUUACCGGAAAGACGAUCACUCUUGAAGUUGAGUCGUCGGAUACAAUUGAUCAAGUUAAACAGAAGAUUCAGGAUAAGGAAGGAAUCCCCCCAGAUCAGCAACGUUUGAUUUUCGCUGGUAAACAAUUGGAGGACGGUCGUACUUUAUCUGAUUACAAUAUCCAGAAGGAAUCUACCCUCCAUUUAGUUCUUCGUCUUCGCGGUGGUAUGCAAAUCUUUGUAAAGACUCUUACUGGUAAAACUAUUACCCUUGAGGUUGAGUCAUCCGAUACCAUCGACCAAGUGAAGCAGAAAAUUCAAGAUAAAGAAGGAAUUCCUCCAGAUCAGCAACGUUUAAUCUUUGCCGGAAAACAAUUGGAAGAUGGCCGAACCCUCUCAGAUUAUAAUAUCCAAAAGGAAUCAACCCUUCAUUUAGUUCUCCGUUUACGUGGUGGUAUGCAAAUUUUCGUUAAGACCCUCACGGGUAAAACCAUUACACUUGAAGUAGAAUCAUCCGAUACCAUCGAUCAAGUAAAACAAAAGAUUCAAGAUAAAGAAGGAAUUCCUCCGGACCAGCAACGUUUAAUCUUCGCCGGAAAACAAUUGGAAGAUGGCCGUACCCUCUCAGAUUAUAAUAUUCAAAAGGAAUCUACCCUUCAUUUAGUUCUCCGUCUCCGUGGUGGUAUGCAAAUUUUCGUUAAGACCCUCACGGGAAAAACCAUUACACUUGAAGUAGAAUCAUCCGAUACCAUCGAUCAAGUAAAACAAAAGAUUCAGGACAAAGAAGGAAUUCCUCCAGAUCAGCAACGCUUGAUCUUCGCCGGUAAACAGUUAGAAGAUGGUCGUACCCUCUCAGACUAUAACAUCCAAAAGGAAUCUACCCUUCACUUAGUGCUUCGACUUCGUGGUGGUAUGCAGAUCUUUGUCAAAACCCUUACGGGUAAAACCAUUACUUUAGAAGUCGAAUCUUCUGACACCAUCGAUCAGGUUAAACAAAAAAUACAAGAUAAGGAAGGAAUUCCUCCAGAUCAGCAACGUUUAAUUUUUGCAGGAAAACAGUUGGAAGAUGGUCGUACUCUUUCUGAUUAUAAUAUUCAGAAAGAAUCCACUCUCCAUUUGGUACUUCGACUUCGUGGUGGUCAAUAA